AUGGACAGCAUCGACGCGGAAUACGAUCGGCUCGUUGAACAUCUUCAUGACUACACGAGGAAGGCUCGGGAUUCUAAAAUCGACCUGAGACGCGUGUCUCUGGAAACUCUAGGGCUGAUACGUCAGCGUGGAGCUGCACGAACAGCAGGCAACAAGGAAAUCACGUCUGAGCUCGAAAGGUUUUGCAGAGAUGCGGUAAAAGAAGACCUCGAAUAG